UCAGUUUCGACACAUAUUCGCUUUACAUAUCCAGUGGGAUCACAUUAUUAAAACUAUUUUUGUGUACGCGGAUGCCGUUGAUAUAAAAAGUCCGAGGCACAUUUAGAAAAGUAACUCGCGUAGCUGCAGUAGGUAUCUCUGUUUUGUCUAUCUGUUGAAUUGUAAGAAGAUACAAGCUUUAUCAAACUUGUGAUGUGGAUCUGUGUGAAAAUAAGUGGCAUUGGUUUUCGUUGUAAUAGAAGUGACUUUUCGCAAAAAAUUCUUGAGGGAAAUAAGUGGUAAUUGUCAAUAUCAGCAUUUAUUUGGGAUUGUUAUAAUUGAUGUGUCUUCUUUCUUGAUUUCUUGGGUAUUUUAGACCGAUGGCAGAUGCAGAAUAAAAUCUGCAGCGUGUUUUUAACGAUUUUUCGCGUAGCGAGUGCGCGCUGUUUUGGUGCGGUCGACGCGUAAUUAGUGUAGGGCUUCCGGCUUUGCUGUCAAAAAUGUUCAACCACACCACUACCGCAUUCAAAGAUACAAGUGGCGCCACCGGCUACAGAGAUUCGAGACUAACGAAGCUAAAACGGAGGGAAGGCAUGUGGGGCGGCGGCGCGCAAUGCGUGCAUGCCUCGCUGCCGCGUGGUGCGCGCGCGCAGCCCGCUCCUACGCUCAGCGGCGCCAUCGCUAGCCGCCGCCCGCCCAGGCCCACGCCUCCCUCGCCCACCCUAGUAGCUCAAAUUGACUCUUCAGUGGCAUGUCUAUGGUUACUGACCCCGCUGUCUGCCGGAACCGCUGUGGUUGCUGUCCUCAUCGCUGUCACAACCAAUAACUGGUUGCAUACUCAGGAAAAUAUGUUAAAUCCAGCAUUCAACGGGUCUGGGAAACACGAACUCGUUGCCAAACACACUGUGUCGGGACUGUGGCGAAUUUGUCAUACAGAACCUGGCAGUACCGUGUUUCAUUGUUUGGACAUACCAUACUUUCCGCUGUCCCAGUACACGCCAGAUCCAAGUGAUUCUACCACUGCAAUACCGUAUGUAGUGACGCGAUCUGCCGCCCCACUCCUGCUGGCCGUGUUAACGCAAGCGGUGGGUGCGCUGUGCUGCGUCCUGGGCCACUGUGUGAAGGGAAGAAGACUUUGUACAUUUAUUGCGGGAGUGCUUUUUAUAAUAUCUGGUCUCAUUAUGCUGACUGGAAUCGUCAUGUACAUAUCUGUUUUCAAAUCCCAAGUGGGCCAUAAACUUCGUUACAUGACAUUUUUUGAUACUCCAAGAAUGUCGUACAGUUACGGCUAUUCAUUUGGAUUAUACAUAAGCGGGUUCGUCGCAGCAGAGCUUGCGGGAACUUCGGCUAUAUUCCUCUUCCUACAAUGGUACCAAAAAGACUGGAUCACAGAAUUGACAGAGAAGGCCAAAGCAGACUGUCGCGCGUGGGACCGCGAGUUUGCAUUCACGGACUUCAGAGAAAGAGACUCAACGUUGUUAGAAAGACGUAUGAUGAAAAGGGACACCUAUCCUCCGACUGGGUCGUCGGCUGCCACGCCGAGAGAGCGAAGACGAUUUGUCUUCGACGGAGACGAUGUUCCACAUUGCUCAAUUCAUAAAAAUAGGAGGAUAAAUUUAAGCUCAGCGUCACUUAAGGAUUUGUCUUCUUCGACGCUGUAUGGAUUCCCGGCUGCACCACGACCGACGGCCUGUGACAACUAUUUUGAAGAAUUGAAAGAAGUUCCUCAGAGUGCGAACACUUUAAGUGGACUCCGAAGUGCUUCGAUAUUUCAGUCUCAGGCGUCCGUGGCCAGUGGUAGAUUUCUAGAUACUUCAGCGGUAGAACCUCCUCCCUCGAGAGAAGAAGAAAUGGUAACUUUCGGACCUGGGGCGAGAGGGGCAGAUGACAAACCACCUCGCCACGAUCGUGCGGUCGGCACUGACCCAUACCGCAGAACUACCCCCGUUUGACUGACGCAACCAAGGGUCUUACCCCCUAAAGCAUAUCGAUAAGUGAUAAAACGGUGAAGACGUUUUGCAAUAUUUGAUAUAGAUAAUUUGGCUGUUAGUGGCCACGAAGUAAAAGAUCGAGUCAAGUGAUUUUCGAAUUUAUGAACUUAUGUGACUUGUGUGUCAUGAACAUUUUUGACUGUUACAUUUCCUUAAAUAAAAUACUGCCAUUUGUGUA